UUUUCAACCUAAACAAUAUUCAUUAAAUUGUAUUAUAUUAGUUUGUAUUAUAUUUGUUUGUAUUAUAUUUGUUGUAUGGGUUAAAAAUUGCCCUAAAUAAAUUAUUAAUAUUGUUAAAAAAUGCCAAUAAUAUAUUAAAUAGAUGAAAGUAAUGUAAAAAAUGAAUAAAAUUAGUUUGGGAUUGGACUAUAAAAAUUUGUGUAAUGAAGUGGUUUCUGAGGUUAAUCGGAUUUUAUCACUUUGGAACAAUCGUAGGAAUAAUAUGAAAUGUUCCAAAUACUUCACUGAUGAUUUAUUCCUUAAACUUGCCGCGAAACAUUAUGGACUCUCCAGCCCUGAUGACUUCCUUCAAAAUUCCAUUAAAUUCCAUAAAUCCACUCAUAACAAUAAACUCAUUUACGAAUAUUUUCCAACCAACACUGUCAAUUGUAAUUCAGCCAAUGGUAACUCAGUAAAUGGUAACACAACCAAUGGUAACUCAGUAAAUGGUACCUUAUCCAAUGUUAACUCAGUUAGGAGUGUUAGAGGAGAUAAGUAUGGACUAAGAGGAGACAAUGAUAUUUGGUUAGGAUAUAAUAAAUAUUUAUCAUUUCUCAAUAUUUCUCUUCAUUCAAGUCAUUUUACUAAUUCUCUGGAUAGUAUUGAGGAAAAUACUACCGAUUCUGCUGCUACUAAUAGCACUGUAAAUACUGUUACUACUGUUAAUACUAAUAAUAGUGUAAAUAGUGUAAAUAAUACUGUAAAUAGUGUAAAUAGUGUGGAGAAUGUUGGAGAAUAUACAAUAUUUGUAUACCCGUAUAUGCGUAAGACCUCGAGAAUAAUAGUUGACACACUUGGUAGGGUGCCAAAUUUGUUAUCAUAUUCUGAUUUGUCAAGUGUGAUUUAUGUGUGUGGUUCGACUGGGAGUAGUAGAAUUCUCUCAUUCCUAUCAAAUCUACUCAAUAAUUCCAUCAAUGCUAUCCAUCAACAAUAUAAUAUUAACACUACUCUAUGGCCUUGGAUUAGUAAUACGGAUACUAGUGAUACACCGAGUUUCAGCAGUGAUAGUCCGAGUGACACAGCUGAUACUGUGGUGGGACUGAGUACCAAAUUGAACAUGCUGCUGGAUAUAAUUCAUACAAGUAUGAUAUUAAAUUACAGAAUGGAUAAUGAGGAUAAUUUAUUCCGAAUUGUCGAAUCCUUGCUAAAAAAUUGGGAAUCCACAGUUAACUCUAGUAUCACUAACCCACCUAACAUCACUAACCCACCUAACAUCACUGACACUAGUAUAUUGGAUAACUCUGAAACUAGGACAUUGGAUGACUCAUUACAAAUUGUAGAAGAGUUGGAUAGUGGGAUAUUGGAGAAGAUAAUGAGUAUAUUGGUAUUUAAGGGUAGAAUUGGAGGAUUGGGUACUAAUGAGAUAAGAGUAUUUAGUGAUUACGUAUGUGACAGACUACACCGAAUUAAGCCUAAAGUACUUUCUAAUCUUGCUCUAGCACUUGGUUACUCCAAAUCACUCGAUGAAUUUUGGAUGUAUACCCUUUCCAAACAUAUUAUUAAUCUCAUCACUCAUAGUACUAAUGGAACUGAGUUAGUCAAUUGUGGUAACUCAGUUACUAGUCACACGCAUAAUACAACCACCGGACCCUUAUCCACCGGACCCUUAACUACUGUGGACACUACUCCUGGUAGUGCUGAGAUUACCAGUACUAUUAGUUCCACUGUUGAUAUUAACUGCGUGGAUGAGUUGGAUGAGGAGGAUGUGGUGAUGAUAGUGGAUGGGUACUCAAAUGCUGGUUUAGAGGAUUAUAAUUUCUAUUCAGUAGUAUGUAACAGUUUUUCUGAUAAAUUUGAAAGUUUUUCACUGGAGAAUAAAAAUAUUAUCAUACGCUCUUUGUCUAAAGUCAGACACCAAAAUCAUCCAAUCACGUCACAAUUCGUUAAUACACUACUACAACACGUUGAUAAUAUUAAUAAAAGAGUGGAUACUUUGAGUAGAGUGAGUAUAAUGGAUAGGGGAGUGAGUAUAAUGGAUAGGGGAGUGGGUAUAUUGAAUAGGAGAUUUGAUAGUUUGAGUAAUGUGAAUGGAGUGAUGGAUAGGAUAGUUGUUGGUAUGGUGGGUGGUGGAGUGAUAAGUAUAUUUGAUUUGGAUUAUAAAAUUGAGAAUAUUGAUCCUUUAUGGAAAUUGUUAUCAUAUAAAGUUAAAGAAUCUUAUGAUAUCUGCUCUAUUAGCUGGAUACCCAUUGUUGUCAUCAAUUUUCCUAGUGUGGUAUCAUUAGUGGAUUUUUUACCGGUAUGGUUAAGACAUGUUAGUUUCACCAUUAAUAAACUAAGAUCGAGAACAUACAUGAUGACUAUUCAAAGGAGGCAUUUGUUAUUGAGACAUGCAUUUGAGUUUGGAAUUUUGCCGAAAUCACUACUGAGCCAAAAAUGUAAAAAACUACUCGACGAUAUCUGCAAUAAAAACUAUAUAACGUGUAAGGAGGAUUAUAUACCAGAGAGUUCAACGUUUCAUUUGGAGGUUUGCGCAUGCCUCAGGGCACUGGGAGUUACACAUCAACGUGAAAUCAACGUCGUACCCUUUGUCAUGGAUAUCGUUAUCUCACCCAAUAGUAUUGUGGAUGUGAAGACGAGUGUGGUAACGGAGGCUGAGAGAUCAACAGAUAUUGCCCGGUGUGGUUAUACGUUAGAAGAUGACCCUGAAGCCUUUCCGCUUAAAUAUAACAGGAACUCACCAAACCACAGGAAACGGAAACAAGAAGUCUAUACCAAUUUCAACUAACAAUUUCUCCCAAAUUUUUCAAAUAUUUUUAAAGCCUCCGGGACGAUUUUUUCAAUAUUUUACUAAAUA